AUGAAUCGAUCUACUGUUCAUCUUCUUGAUUUACCUAAUGAGAUUUUAUUUAAUAUUUUAAAGAAACUUGAUAAUGUUGAUGUUCUUUAUUCAUUGUUUGGUAUUAAUAAUGAUCGACUUGAUAGUAUAGCACGAGAAGAAACUUUUUCAAAUAUUCUCAAUUUCGUAUCAACUGUUCAUAACAUUAUAAUAAAUGAUUCAAUAGUUGAUCGAUUUUGUAAUAAAAUAUUACCUCAAAUUUGUUACAAUGUCAAAUGUCUUAUUGUUGAACCAAUGUUCAUGGAACGUAUUCUUCUUGCUACUCAUUAUUCAAAUUUAACUGAAUUGAAACUUUUUAAUUUUCAACGCGUUAGUUCAUUACAGUAUUUUACAGAUGAUUCACCUUUUCGACAUAUCUUCAAACAACAGAUUACAAAACUUGAUCUUAUCAAUGAAGAUUGGGAGUGUGCUAUAGAAUCAUUGAUAGAUUAUACGAAAAAAGUAUAUGCACAUAUUUUGACCUGCUUCGAAAAUCUCGAGCAUUUAAAUGUUAUUCAGACAUCGAUUCGUGCAUAUCCAGGCUUAGCCGUUCGAUAUUUACCAUCAAGUGUUUUUUCUUCUUCAACUCUUACUUAUUUAUGUAUUAAUGUGGGAACUUUAACUGAUUGUCUUUGUUUACUUGAUGGUCGUCUCAAACAACUGACUACAUUUAUUGUUCGAGUUUAUUGUAUGGAUAUAGAUUCAUCAAUUAAUCACACCAUGGUAGAAUAUGAUAAUAAUAUUGUACGUCUUCUUCGUCGUAUGUUGUACUUGGAGAAAUUAACUUUAUAUUUGUGUAUCGCCUGUCAAGGUGCAUUCAUUGAUCCGAUUUAUCUUCUACAUGAAUUUACUAUGUAUAUGUCACGACUUUAUUCAUUCAAUUUUUAUCUUAGUACGGAGAAUAAUACCAAUGAUUUAAUUCAUUAUUUGUCCAAUAAUGAUGUUAAACGAAAUCAUACAAAUAUAGGACAUCAAGAAGUAUUGGAUAUGGUUUGUUUUUCUGUAAACACAGCUACAUAUCAUAUAUUUACACUUCCUUUCGAGUUUGCCAAGCUCAUGUCUGUUGGAAAUAUAUUUCCAAAUAUUAUAUUCAAUUACGUCAUCGAAUUAUGGGUACAUGAUGUGGUUCCAUUUGAAUAUGAAUUCUUCGUACGAAUAUCUAAAGCAUUUCCAUUGCUGAAACACUUUUAUGUUUCUAUUUUUGCGUCACUAUCAUUUAAUACUGAAGUAUCAUCUCCAAACAUUGAAUCAUGUGAAGUCGUUAAAUAUCCUCAUCUUACGUUACUUGACAUUAGAAGGACGAAUAUUAAUUACGUCGAACAAUUUUUAAAUGAAACCAUAACGCAUCUACCUUGUCUAUCUGAGUUACGUGUUGUAUAUGAAGAAUUAAGAAUUAUCACAAACGAUUUUACACGAAAAGCAACGCAACGCAAUUGUGUUAAUGUGAGACGAUUAAUUACUGGAAGGGAUAUUGUUGCAAGUAAUAGAGCUCUCUGUUUGCAUGCUGCAUCAGUAGAUAAUCUCAUUUUUAUAUGUUAUCCACUUAAUAUAUAUAUUGUUGUCGAUGGUUAUUGUUAUUUUGUAACAAGUAGUCAUGCUUUAUAUCCUUGUAAAUUACGUUAUUUUGUUCUACAAAUAGCACAUCUUGGUUCACUUUGCUAUACUUGUCUUGCUACACUUGAUCAAUAUCUUCUCUCAUCAAGAAAUGUUCGUAUUCAUCAAAUGAAUUUCGAUGCUUGUCAAACAAAACAAUGUAUCGUUAUUGUGUUUAUACUAAUAGCACUUCAUAGUAUUGCUAUGGCUGUCUAUUUUGGUGAUAUCAAUCAUCAUUGUGCAUUCGUCUCAGACGUCUAUGCACUUUAUUAUCUAUUUGCAGUGAUUAUCUUAUUGUAUAGUGUCAUACCUACUCUUUUCCUACUUAUAUUUGGCUCACUUACAUUGAUUCAAUUGCAAGCAGUUACUAGUCGAAGUGCUCGACAAGAUCAACAAUUAUCUCGUAUGCAUUUAAUUCAAAGCGUUAGUGUUGUUCAGGGAACUGCAAAGUGGUCCCGAUCCCGGGACCGGGACUAA